AUGGGCAAGGGCAAGGGCAAGGGCUGGCCUGCCAAGAGGGGAGACGACGAGCAGCCGGUGGCGAGGGAUGGGAAGGCGUCGCGGGCGGCGGCACGGGCAAAGUGGUCCGAGGCGGCCAAGGCGCACGACGACGAGUACACGUACACAUACUCGACAUCAUCGUCGUCGGUGGAGAGCGGUGUGUCGAACGACGGUGAAGGCUGCUCGUCGGGAUCGAUGGACUCGGUCGGAUAUCUCGACCGGAGCGAUGUGAGCGAGGACGACGAGGAGCUGGGCACUGUGCUCGCUCGCGUCAAGGGCGGUCUGGCGCUGGCGCGGAAGCGGAAGCGGGACGCGCUGCGGCGGCAGCGGCUGGGAGACUCGUCGGACGAGUCCGGGGCAGGCGGCUGGGGAAGCGGAUCGGAGGGUGCGUCGAGCUCCGACGAUGAGCGCAAGAGCUCGCAGCGGCCGAUGAAGAGGCAGAGAACGUCGCGGCAUGGGCCGGUGGAGAUGUCAGCCAAGACCAAGCCGCGGGGCCUUCCGUCGCGGCUGCGCGGCGGCAAGAAGCCGGUGCGGGCCCGUGAUCCGCGGUUCGACUCGCUCGUCUCGGGCUCGACCGACCACAACCUCUGGUACGCUCGAUACAAACACAUCCGCGAGCAGCAGGACGUGGAAAUGGGGCAGCUGCGCAAGUCGCUGAAGAAGGAGCGCAACCCUGAUGCGCGCGCGGAGCUGCGCGACCAGCUGCGCAAGGUUCAGGCCAUGGCCUCCAACAUUGAUGAUCGGCGGGCCAAGGCGCGGCGCAACAUCGAGCGCAAGCGGAUGGAGGCAGCGCUGGUGGCGCAGGGCAAGAACCCGUACCAUCUCAAGAACAAGGACCGCAAAAAGCUUGACCUCGCCAUCAAGUUUGAGGAGCUCAAGAAGUCCGGCAACCUCAACAAGUACGUCAAGCGCAAGCGGAAGAAGAACCUUGCUCGUGAUCGCAAGCGUAUGCCCUCGCAUGCCAAUCUCUAG